UUUGGUCCCACAGCCUCAACGUGCAAGGAAAUCUACACCAAGAACUUGUAAGUAUAUACGUCUACAAACAGUUAUAACAAAGACUUCCAAAAAAAACGAAUUGGUUCCAGAAUAAAUGUUCGUAUCGGUAAAUUUAUGUAACUAAGGUAAAGGCAAUCUAAAGAAUGCUUAAAUUCUAUGGAAAAUUGUUAUUGUGGGUUUCAUUUGAAGUAGGCAAAUAUUGCAGCGCUAAAAGCCCUUAAAACACUAAACCUUGAACUGAUUUAGAUUUGAUCUUAAAAAAAGACUGGCUUUUAAGGCCACCAACGGAAAACACAGAGAACUGCUUCUGAAUAUUCUUCAGUAUUUUUGAAAAUAAAAAGAGAUAAUUGGUGUCCUAAUGAUUACAAAUAAACUAAAAUACCGAUAAGAAAAUGGUAAGAAAAUAAUAAGAAUUAAAAAGAAUCAAAAUUAAAUAGAAAACUAAGACAAUUUACUAAACACUCAAGCUGGAAGGAUAGUUAAUGAAUCAAUAACUUGAGAGGAUUGAACAGUAAUGAUAUAUAUGAUAUAUAUGGUGGUAAAGAAGAGUCCUUCUUAUCGACAAAGUCAGUAAUAACAACACUACUCGAUAUUUUUAUAAGAUUAUUCAAUUUCGACCAAACAUUGCUUAUCUGAUAAGACAGAUUUCUUUAACGAGAAUUCUGAUUUUCCAUGGCGUCCUAACUUUAACAGAAACAAACAAACAAACUGGGAGUAAUCAAUAAAGUGGUAUGUUUUAACAGGUCCAGUGAAAAUAAAGCGUAUUUGCUUGAUGUUGGAUCUGCAAAGAUUCCCGUAUACUGUCACAUGACCAAGCAUGGGCUUGAUACAUGCGGAGGAGGUGGAUGGACGCUGGUCAUGAAGAUCGAUGGCAAAAAGGUAUUAAGUUAAAUGUUCUCACCAGUUUCCACGUUUGUCAUCACCUAAUUCCCAAUAUAAAGAUAAACUUACAAUGUAAAUCACUAGUCCACGUCAAAUGAAAGAAAGGGAAUCUAUUACGUUUAGGUUUGAAAAGUUUUAUCUUAAUUCACUCUAAGUAGUAACAGACAAAGUAUGAAGAGAAUAAUAUGUGAGGACUUCGCAACAAGAUCAGUGAAAACCGAGGCAAGACUGUAUCAUAUUUCUCAAACAGAUAAAACAGCAAAGUGAUAGUACUCUUUAUGAAUGAGUUAACUGAUUUUUUUUUUCCAGAAAACAUUUCACUACAAUUCUAAACUAUGGAGCAACAAAGUCGACUUCAACCUUCCAGGAGGGAAGACUGGGUUGGACACUCACGAGACCAAGUUACCCACUUAUUGGAACACACCGUUCAACAAGAUCUGUCUUGGAAUGAAGAUAGGUCAGCAGUUCAAGUCUGUUGUCAUCAACCAUCAAGCCAGAUCCCUGUAUUCACUGAUCGCAGAUGGCAAAUACCGAGCUACUUCACUGGGCCGUAACACGUGGAAGAAGAUCAUUGGGUCUCGGGCCUCUUUACAACCCAACUGUAACAAGGAAGGAUUCAACGUAGUUGGUAUCCAGAGUGCCUGGUCUAAAGCAAGAAUUGGUAUCCUUGGAAACAACGAGAACGACUGCAUCUACUGUGACUCCCGUAUCGGUUUUGGCACCGGAGGGAAGCAGGAUGACUCCAACACGUGUGGUAACGAAGCUCUAUAUAAAGGAGAUAAUGGCGACCAGCACAUCAAAGCGAUGGGAUAUAUUUUGGUCCAGUAAGAGCUGUAAUACGCAGAAACAGCCUUCAAGCGGCCGUAAAAUGCAGCUAAGAAACUGUUAAUUAUUUUUAAAAGGGGUUAAAUAAGGAAUUUGUAAAAAUAAGGUGAAAUAAAAUUUUGCAUUAAAAGGCCAGAAACUCUGCUUCCUUGAUGACUGAAUGUACUUCUCUGUAUCAUUAUCAUUACAUUAGUAUCGUCUCAGGUCAAAAACUAUAUCCGGAUAACAAGCGCGGAACGAAGGUUAUGAAAACUGCUCGAGCCAUGUAAAAAAACUAGCUUGAAUUUCAGACGUCUCCUCGAGUCGCAAACAUCUCUCCCGGGAGUUUGCGACUUGACGAAACGGCUGAAAUUCAGGCUAGUAAAAGGCGAGAAACUGAGUUGAUUUUCAUCAACCUUGAAAUUUUGCUUACUUCGUAAAAUAAUUAAAAAGAAAAGAACAAAAGACCAGUUCUAUAGAAAAAAGUUAAAAUUUGGCCCACCAGCGGAAAAAGCGUUUUUCGUAACGUUAUAGUUAACCAUACCUCAUACAGAAAGAUCACUAAAAACCACAACAAGCAAGAAACUAGGACCAAAUAUAAAAAGGAACACAACAAAUAAAGACGUGUUAGGUUUACAACCUUAAAAUUUUCGUAAAUGAGUUCCGUAAACUCUGUACACAUUCCUAUAAACAUAAGCCAAAUUUAUACUUCAGACGAAUUAUCCGCCUGAGACAAGUUAUCCUUCUCGGACGAAUAAUUCGUGUAGAUAUAAAUCCGGUGUUUUGAUAAAUAUUGGGCCAAAAUUCGUCUUCUCUUGAUUCGUUUGUCAGACGUCUCAGGUUGAUAAUCCGUCUUUGAAUUUAUAUCUAGACGGAAAACGAAGAGUUCGCCGCCGUAUCAAGAGCCAGUAUCUAUUUCCCCGGUUUAAAACAAAGCUAGCUGUGUGAAAGGUCAUCCAACAAAUGUGUGAUUAUUGAACUUCUGGCAAAGUUAUUGAACUAUUGUGUUUUCACUGAAGUAAAGACUUAGUUAAAAUACUAUUACGCUGAAACGCUGUUAACACACUGUUAAACUGAAAUACUGUCAUUUUUCUCUAUCUUAGCUAUUGAUCGAAAGAGCUAUGAAGGCAGCCAUUUUGUUUAUAUUUCAUGCCCAGCCUUUUGGGAUAAAUUUCCUCGAGAAUUCGUCUAAAUUCGUCUUACGGAUUUAUACUUAAACGAAUCUCUCGUAAGAACAUAGUUAUUAGAGGAGACUGGUUAUGAAAAGCGGCAAACAUCAACGAUAAAAACAACAGUGCUGCAGUUUAUGUUGGAAGCACCCUGAAAGUGCACAAUCCUUCGUUUUCUGUUGGCAAAUUGUUACGGAAUAAAUUAAUGCAACGUUUUUAUUGGUCAAUACAAUCAAAAUGUUAGGAAUUCUUUUGAACGUUGUGCACUUUCAGGUCCACAAAAACAUAUAACAAAGGAGUCUGACGGGUUUCAUAACCAUUCCACUCAAUUAACUAUGGUCAGAAGGAUAAUUCGUCUAGACGGAAAAUUCAUCUCCAGUAUACAUACGUUCAGCCAUUUAGAAAACUCGCCUUCACUAUAAUUUCGUGGCCGGAAAUAGGUACACAGAAACCACAAUUCAGUUCGUUAUUUAUCUUCAUAUUUGGAUUAGUAACUCAAUAAAGUUUCAAUACAAUCGCCUAAAUUAUAAAAACGACAAUUUGACUUCAAGCAAAUGGCCUAUUGUUAAUCAAGUCUACAAUGGUGGGACUUUAAUAAAGAACAGAAGGCUCUGUAAACAACAAUCUGAUGGCCGUCAGAAUACUGUAAACGAUGAAGUGUGUGUACUUUCACCAAAAUCUUUAAAUCUCUAAGAGCUACUUCCAGGGAGUAUGAAAUUAUUUUACCACAACUUCUUAUUUUUAUCAGGAUUUACUCGGUAGUACAUUGGAUUUCUUUAGUGACAAUGCUAACAUAUUUGACAAGUCAUUACAAUUGUAUCUAUUUACUUAAUAGAUACAAAAUUGUCAAUUGUCUGAAAAUGUCAUUUUCAGACUUUUUUAGGUAACUAACCGUUUGGGAUAGUACACAUAAAUUUCGCUGACCAUAUCAUAGAGUUUAUAAAUCAAGAUUUCUUGGCUUAGACUUACAAUACAAAAGGAAACGUAAUUUCACAAUUAUAGCCUUUGUCUGCUAUGGUAUAAAUUCCCCACACUCAUUGCACAGAGGAAUUGUAACCAGACGAACACCUUUUUCAAAUCUUUGCGGAAUGCUUGACCUCCUUGUUAACGUCUUUCUCUAUAACGCCUUCAGGAGUCUUACAAAGCAGCGUUGGAAACUGUCUGAUACGCCUGAUUACCGUAAAGUCGCGUGUUUUUCGACGUUUUCUUGUUCCUUCGAACCGUAAAGCUUUGUUUUUUUUCUUUGUUUUUUAAUUUUUUUUUUAUUUUAAUAACUUUCUUAUUGCAACAAGUAUUGACAUACAUAUAGUAGUAUAUACAUAUAGUAAAAUAAAAUCACACAAAAAGUCAUACAAGAUAUUUGGUUUCAAGGCAUUCUACGUUUUACAAAUCAAUUGAAAAACGUAGAGAUGUUUCGAGUAUGCAACUAAUUUGUAUGACUAACCAAGAAAAUAAAUAUUGCCUUCAAAAACGGAGAGGAACGAGGCUAAAAUAACAAAUAAAUCAAGCAACCGUAAAGCUACGGUAAAAAGGGGCAGCAAAACGAGAAACUUGUUUAUUUGCACCAUUGCUGCUCUGAAACCGAGUUUAAAUCGAUGUUGCACGUAUAACCACACGAGAGUCAAACCACUCUUGUAACAAAUCAGGUUGUUGCAGGUUGCGAAAAGUUGUUUCAGAAUGAAAAGAGUAGUUCUACUUUUUGCAACAACUUUUCGCAACGUGCGCACGCAACAUCACUUUUCAACUCGUUUUGCAGCAAUGGUCCAAAACAAGUUCCCCAUUGUACUGUAGCUUAACGGUUGGAAAGUACUUUACGUAAUCAAAAAAUUUAAAACAACAAAUUGCUUGAGAAAAAAUAAUUUCAUAAAAAAGAAAUACCCCAGCCUUUCGUAAAGACAAAUAUUUGCUUCGAAAAACAUUUUUGAUAGUUAUUUUAAGGAAAAUUUUUACUAACCAAGUCUGGUUACUUGGACACACUUUUAUUAACCAAACAGGCUGCCGUUAAUAUCGACCACUGGUUCUGGUCUCCAACACAAGUCAAGAGUUCAGAGGUCAAUAAACAGAGAAACCUCCUAGAAAUAUUGUAUUUAUCCAGUCUCAUUUGGCUUCCACAAUGAAGCAUUGGCUUUUUGCGGCGUUGUUCCUGUUUCUCGUAGCAUACCAAGCAAAAGGUGCUAAAAUUACAAACAGCACGAAUAACGUUCACGCCCAAACAGACGGUGAAACGGUUGUGUGCAAUCAGUACAUUGGAACGGACGUUGGAACUAACGACGCUAUCAAGAAACUCGAUGAAAAGCUGGAUCAGAUAAUUAAACUGCUACAAACUUCUCCUAAUCCAAGUAAGAUUAUUGCUUUUAAAAAAUAUCCUCCAUUUAGAAACAGAUAAAAACAGUUUCUUGCUGGACUACAAGCUGAAGAAUGAACAGAAAGAUACUACAAAAGUAAGUUUCGAAAAGUUUCGUAGCUUUUCCUUUCUUAGUUUCUUUCCUUCCCUUUUGUUUUUGUUUGUUUACUUUUUUAAAGCUGUUUGACAGAGCGCAAGCAAAGCUAUGUUGAUAUUGAAAGCGAAGAAUGAAAUAAAACUACGAAGUAAAAUUUUACUCCGCGAGAUGUUAUUUGACGUUAAAUAUUCGUGUUAAUAAAUAGCCUUUGUAAGAAUUUUGAAGUUCCCCGUAGGUUAUCUUGAUAUGGCUAACACUGUCUUCUAAUUCGCCAGCAACAGCUUCAACGUGCAAAGAGAUUUAUGAAAAAAACAUGUAAGUAUAAAAGAUACAUCAUUCUAACGCCGUUAAUUUACACAUAUCUCCAUUGACAAACGCAAAAUACCCAACUUACGUAAAACUCCUGGCAAUAUAUCAGGUAUUCCGCACACCUAUCCAAACUCUGAAUAUGACGAAGUUCCCAAGAAAACAGGGAGAAAAGGAAGGAAGUUUUGUAUUAACUCUUUCAACUGAUUUAAAGUAAACACAAUCGCAAAUAUUUUUUAAUCAGUGACGUACAAAUUUGAAAAGGUAAAUAGUACGAAGGAAACAAAGGUUGAAAGUAACAAAUGAAUAAAGCGACCACUGGUUUAGUAUAAAGAAAUUUCGCAGACAUAGGAAACUACCACAAUGCAGCAAAAAUUGAACAUAAGGAGAUGGUGUACGUUAGCAACAGAUCAAGAAACAAACCCCGAUCUGGGAUUGGUACUAUUAAAGUAACAGACUGAACGAAAAACUGAUGGUUGGAAAAGAAGAAAAUUUACAGUACUUGUAUGGAGCGUCGAAUUUAGCGAUGACGACGUUAUUUGUUAUUCUUAGAUUAUCCAAGGACCGUGUUGGACUUUGAGACAGCGUUUCAAAUUAUCCUAGCGAUUUAUAUGUAAUAAAAUUCUUCCUCUCGAUAAAAAUGGCCAAAUAUCUUGAUUUGAGUUUGCCAAUGAAAUUGUACGUUUCACCAGGUCCAAAGCAAACAAAGCGUACCUGCUGGAUAUUGGAUCUAGAAAUACUCCCGUAUAUUGUCACAUGACCAGUCAAGGGCUUGAUGCAUGCGGAGGAGGUGGAUGGACGCUGGUCAUGAAGAUCGAUGGCUCAAAGGUGUUUAAAGAUCAAUGUUUUCACAUCUAGCUUGGUUUGUUAUCACCUAAUUUCCAUUCUAAAGACAAAAUUAAUGUGCAAGUCCAGAGUCAAAGUAAAGGGGUAAGAAAGGAAAUCUGGUGAGGUUAGGUUUAAAAAUUGUUGGAUCGAUGAGGUAUCAACUCACUGUAAGAAGUAACAGACAAAGUAUGAAUAGGAUAAUAUGAGAUUGAUAUAAUUAGAACUUACAGAGUUCAUUGUUGUUUUUUUUGUGUUCUCAGAAAACCUUUCACUACAAUUCUAAACUGUGGAGCAACAAAGUCGACUUCAACCUUCCAGGAGGGAAGACUGGGUUGGACACUCACGAGACCAAGUUACCGACUUAUUGGAACACACCGUUUAACAAGAUCUGUCUUGGAAUGAAGAUCGGUCAGCAGUUCAAGUCUGUUGUCAUCAACCAUCAAGCCAGAUCCCUGUAUUCACUGAUCGCAGAUGGCAAAUACCGAGCUACUUCACUGGGCCGUAACGCGUGGAAGAAGCUCAUCGGCUCUCGGGCCUCUUUGCAACUCAAUUGUAACGGGGAGGGAUUCAACGUACUAUCCAUAAAUACCAUCUUCUCUAAGGCGAGGAUUGGUAUCGUUGGAAACAACGAAAAUGAUUGUGGAAGCGCUGACUCCAGAAUCGGGUUUGGCACUGGAGGCAACCACGAUGACUCUAACACGUGUGGCAAUGAAGCUAUAGCCCAGGGAGAUAAUGGCGACCAGCACAUUAAAGCGAUGGGAUACAUAUUGGUCCAAUAA